AUGCAAACCUCGAGCACCAACACUUUUGCUCCAGGUCAGAUCUCUCCACAUGGCAACCCUUCGCCCAUAAACUCUGCCUCGGUCACGCCCGCAAACAAUUCUCCCACAUCUCCUCGGCUACAGCAUCCGCAUCUUCACCAUGUUCAUCCACAAUCCAAGCAACUCCGUCCUCUGAAAUCCCCUCUGUACGUGCCCGCCGUGCUGAGACCAACCGAACGCGCCUCGCGAUCCUCUCCCUUGACGCCGCCACGGAGCGUCCAUGACCUCUCUGAAGAUAGCAACACUCGCCGACCACCUUCACUCUCGCGGCAGUCAACGGUGGAGAGCAUGCGGAGCGAGGUCAGCAAGCUGGCUGAAGAUGAAUGGUUGAAGGAUCAGAACCUUGGCCCCGUAACAGGUUCGCCAACCAGGGAGCAUUGGAAGGCUGAUUCCGCUUCUCCGUCUUGCGACUCCCCUGUCUGCAGAUCUUUCUUUGGCCUGUUCAAUCGCCGACACCACUGCCGUCAUUGUGGACACGUCUUCUGUUCAUCCCACACUCCCUACCUUGUCCCUCUUGACCAGAAUGCCAGCUUCCAUCCCGACGGGGUUCCAUCCCGAGCCUGCGAUCUCUGCUGGAGUGCUUACUGCCGUUGGGACCAAAGUCGAAUCGAUCAGCUAAAUCAAAUUCAGAGGGACUUGGCGGCUCAGCUUGAGCGAUCGAAGAACGAUGGCGCUACGUCCAGUCUGCCCAAGGAAACCGACUCCGAUCAUGCUAGUGUCGGCGAUGCGGGUUUCCUCUCACCAUCUAUGGAUCAUCAAGACAGCGCAGUUGCUACCAGUGUCCCAAGGGAUUGGAGCUGGAGCACGUUCUAAUAUUCCGUGUUCCUGGCGCGUAUUCCGCUUCCUUUUCAAUAUGAUACCCGUUUUUUUCUGUAUUCUUUUCUUCUUCUUCUUCUUCUUCUUCUUCUUCUUCUUCUUCUUCUUCUUCUUCUUCUUUCUUCUUUCUUCUUCCUCUUCUCCUUUCCUAUUUCUUUUCCUUUUCUUUUGGUCUCGCGCUUGAAGAGCACAAUUCGAAACUCCAGGGUCCUCCGGUAGCCCCUGACGUUUCCAUUGCUUAUCCGAUAGAUUGUGUUGCGUUAUGUACUUUUUUUUAUCGUCGCCGUUUUAUAUCCCAGCCCACUGCUUCAUCUUGUUGCCUUGAUACCCGCUUUGACUUCUACGGAUACAUAGACCUGAUCCCACGGUUUUAUUUUAUUCCAAUCGACACUAGGCGGUCAUUCGCCGCCUGCUCCUUUCUGCGUUGCGAUCGAAUAUUAUUUUCCCAUUCUUUGCUUAGGGACGGCUACCCAGGAUGCUCCGCAUAUGAACUCGGUUGAUGAUCGCCGUUAUGAAUAGAGUAUCGAUUCCAGAUCUACUGGCCUGUUACAGGGUAUGCACAGCCAUU